AUGGCGGAAGCAACGGGUAAAAGAGCGUUUGGUGAGAUCAGCCGUACCGAUGUGAUGUGUCUGAAAUGUGAGCAUCAAUUGAAGGAUCCCAAAAUGCUGGACUGUCUGCACAGUUUCUGCCUGAACUGUCUCGGAGGGAGAGAUAAGAUAACAUGUCCAGUCUGCUGGAGAGAGACGCUUGUUCCUGUUGGAGGUUUGCGGAAUCUUUCUUCCAGCUUCUUUUUGAUUUCUCUUGUCGAUGAAAUACAGAAACGAGAACAACUCAAUUUAGGGAUGGCUUUAACUACUAGUCUGACGUGUAAAUCGAGGGUGUUACAAACGGAUCUCACCAAGAACGUCGCACCAAAAUGUAGGAAACACAGUGAUCAUGUGAUAUGUUUUCACUGUGUAACCUGUGAUACAUAUAUUUGUUCAAAGUGUGCUGCAACCGAGCAUCGGUCAGCAGAGCACAAUUUCAUUGAAAUUACGGAUUCAAUGAAAUCCUUCCGGAAGAAUGUCACUGACAUCCUUGAGAACUUUGACAAAAGCAAACAGAAGCUUGCUUGCACGACGAAAUAUUCAAUCGAAGCAGCAAGAUCGAGAUUAAGUAAAAAUGUGUAUCAAGCGUGUAGUAGCAUUUCUUCGAAAGCUGAAGAAGAGAUCCAAAAAAUCAGAAAUAAGGCCAAACAUCUCACCACCAAAGUGAAGGAACUCGGUCAUGAGAGAGACAGUGAGUACGCACAAGCGCUCUUUCACAACCGUGAGCAGGUGGACCGCGCAGAUAAGAUGGUUAGGGCCGUAAGGAACUUGAUGAGACAAGCUGAUGAUUUCGAGCUUAUAGAGCUCAAACCGAAGGUCAUGCACAACUUGGGAUUCCAGAAGGAGUUCAAGUGUGAACCGGCAAAGCUUGAUAUGUCCUUCAUUCAGGUAAAGUGUCAGGAUGUCGUCAGGAACAAAAGUCUGGGGGAAAUAUUGCUCAAAGAGAAAUGGAAGUUGAAGGACGAGUUUGGCAAGGAAGGCACGGGUAAUGGGGAAUUCGAAUGUGCAACUGGUGUUGCUUGUUUCAGAAAUGGGGACAUUGCAGUAACUGAUUCAAAACAGAAACGGCUGUCAUUGUUUACCUCUAAAGGGCAGUACAAAACAUCAGUUGCUCAAGGAGCAAAUAGCAAUCAGUUGAAAGCUCCUUUUGGUGUUGCAGUGAACAGUGAUGAUCUCCUUUUUGUCACGGACCAAACGAAGGUAAAGGUUUUUGACAAAGAGUUGCACUUUGUUCGUGAGUUUAUACCUUCGGUUGACGAUGCAUCAGACCUCACUGGUAUUGCUGUGGAUCCCAUAGAAAGUUUUCGUGUGGACAAGCAACGAGUAGCAGUGGCUGACAGGGGGAGAAAGGUCAUCAGUGUCCACAAAAUGAACGGAUCGUUGAUUACAAGCAUCUCAAAUAACAUGGUUGGAAAUUACUUGGCGAUAAUCCACAGACAUUUCGAGCAGUUGUUGUUCACAAACUACGAGGAGAAGAAGUUUGUGUGCGUUAACUUUCAGGGUUUUGAGGGGCUUAAUCUAAUGACCACAUUGAAUGGGGAACCAGCAAAAGCGACUGGUGUCAUGUACGAGCCUGAUGAUGGAGAUCAUGGAAGCAUCUAUGUUGCUGUUCAUUCCAGUAACCUUGGUAACUCAGAAGUGCAAAAGUUCGACUUGUGUGGUGCAUUCGUAUCAACAGUUGCUCAGGGAUUGCACAUGCCAUUCCAAAUGGCUUUAACCCCCACGCGUGACGUCGUUGUGGCAGACAAGCACUCCAUUAAGAUCUUUGAGCGGAUGUAA